CUCACAAAACAUAUCUUUUCAAGAAUGAGAAGUUUUCUACCCCGUCAAGUCUUUAUAGGAUAUCAUAGAAAUUAUUCGACAUGUCAUGAUAAACAAAUAUGGAAAAUUAUGAAGAAUUCUUUGGAUGGAUACAGAGAUAUAUGGUUUAUGCCUCUUCGCCUGAAGGAUUUCAUAUUAGGGACGAAUUUUACACAUGCUUAUUUGGAUGUUGAUCAGUAUUUUCGAAAUUCACAAACAAUAACAAACAAUGAUACAUGCCCGAGAAGUGUGAAACCAUAUCUGAUUCCAUUCAAAUCAUUGUUCCACAGCGGAUUUGAUGCUUUACAAAAGAAAAUUGAUAAAAGACACAUUGAUUCAUCCUUGCUCUCAUAUGCAACUGAAACACUUGUUUCUGGGUUUUUAUAUAGAAAAGAUUAUCAUGAAAGCCGUCUUCAAGCUGUUUUACGAUUACAGAAUCAAGGUCAUAUUAGUGUUAUUAUGGUGAAUCACUUGUUCUCAAGACUGACAGCAAACUUUGGAAGAAAUCAUUUUGUGACGAAUAAAAAAACUAGCAAAUUGGAUCUUGUAACUUGUCCUUGUUCCAGGAACUGUGGAGAGGAAAUCAUUUAUGAUAAUAUUGGAAUAGGAAGUGAGUGUUUAUGGUAUGGAAGUCCAGAUAUAAUGAUGCUUCCCUAUGGAGGAGUCUGUGGUAUUGUAGUACCAGAAGAUAGCGAGGACAAUGAAUUAAUGUUAGAGAGUUACAAUCUUGACACAAAUCUGAAAACAUUUAUAGAAAAUGGAGACACUUCAUCUCUUCGUGGAGAAAAUACUGUACAAAGGAUAAUAUCUAUGGCGAUAACAUUUUCUAUGUAUCAAAAAGUAUCAAAACCAGCAUUAAAACUUGAACAGACUCAGUCGGCAUUCAUGGUUCCAAUUAUUGCUGCCAAUGCAAGACAUUUUGAUAUUUAUUUGUACGAUUCCAAGAAUGAUAUUCUUUUGCGUAAUAAUGGACCACCUAUUCCAUUAUGGGAAGAUGACACAAUAAGAAAAAAUCCUGCAAAAUUAAACCUAUCAUCUGUGCUACAACUUUGGAUGACUAUUAAUUAUUUAUCGAUGCAAUUGCAGCUUAGAAAAGAGGACAUUGAGAUUUUGUCUGGAAGUUGUGGCUUCCUCUCAAAAUUGACAAAGGAUAAAUUGAAAGACAUUGAAGAAACUUUACAAAUGACAAAAUGGUUUUAUCCACCAGAGAAAAAGGAAUUUGAGGUGCAUUUCCAAACUCUUUCACCCUGAAUGCAUUUAUCAUCUAGGACAAUCAAACAUGAAUCCAAAUCAAUAAAUACAACUUUAAACAUCGUUUCUCAGUGAAGAAACAGAUUAAAGACAGACGGAUACUGUUUCAUAUCAUUGGCACUUUAUAAAAAAAAGCAUAAUUUAAAGCUGUUCUUAAAAAGGCACAUUACCAGACCUAGUAUACAUUCUUUUGAUACUCUAGAUUUGAGUAAAAAGUGACAAAUCUUUUGAUGUUGUUGAGAUCACUCAUUGCAUUCUUCUGACAAAUAGCAACUGAUUAUUGCAUAUUAAAAUACUAGUGCAUAUAUAUAUGAAUGAUAAAUAUAAAAAUAUAAUUUCUUGGAUCAAUGUGGUUUUGUUAAUAAACUGUUUUGUUUUU